UUUUCUUAGGGUCCGAAUAUGAUAUUAUCUAAAUCUGGUUCCUAUCAAGCAACCUUAUUAAAUUAGGGUUUUACACUUCGUCUUCUUCCUCAUAGAUUCUGGUUACUGAUGGAUGAAGUGAUUCAAAAAGAGCGGCAACAUCUGACUCUAGUCACUAGAAAACCAUGUUUUAGUCUGCCAACAGCUUGUCCUUCGUGCUUGCCUGUCUACAUCUAUCUCAAAUUCGCCAAUGUUCCUUUCGAUUUGUGUUACAAUCUCACUUAUCCUGAUUCCGAUCAAAUUCCUUAUGUUGACUCCGAUACAUACGUUGCUUACAACAAUGAGAAGGGUGGUGUAAUUGAAAGUUUAAAAGAAGAUAAUAUCGUCAAUCUGGACUUAGAAGUCCAAAGCCUUCCCGAAUGGGUAUCCAUAGUUGCAAUGAUUAAUUCAUGGCUUUUAGAUGCAAUCUUGUACGAGCUCUGGUUACUUGGAAUUUCAAAAGACACAGCUGAAAGAAGGGAAGAAGAGAUAUAUAGGAGAGCUACCAUUGCUUACCAAGCUUUAUCAACCAAGUUAGGUGAAGAGUCAUUUUUCUUUGAUAACAGGCCAACUAGUUUGGAUGCUAUUUUUCUUGGGCAUGCACUUAUUACACUUUAUGCAUUACCGGAAACAUCAAUGCUUCGUGGCAAACUGUUGGAACAACCUAAUCUUGUGUUAUAUGCUGACAAACAUAAAGCUGAACUUUUGGAUUCUGGAUCAUCUUCUUCAGAUCCAUCAUCAUCAUCAUCAUCAUCUAUACCCAAACGAGGACCUUCAAAUUGGAGUUCGAAGCCGAAAAGUCAACCACCGAAGAGGGAGAGGACAGAGGAAGAGAAGAAUUUCAGAAGAAAAGCAAAGUAUUUCUUGGUGACUCAGCUGGUUGCUGUUUUAGUUUUUCUUAGUCUUCUUGGUGGAUCUGAUGAUACCGAAGUGGAUGCUGAUGGGGAUGAUGACUUUGAUUAUGAUAACUAAAACAUAAAUCACAAACCUUUUUUUCCUUUUUUCUUUUUUAAAAAAAUCUGUCGUGUAGUUCAUUUCAUGUUAUGUGGAAAAUUUUGAAGACAUGCACAUAUAAUACACGACUUCAUUGAUGUGAUUUGUUAGAAGUAGAUGAUGACAUAAAUCUGAAGCUGGAUAUGCAUGCGUUUCUUGUGUUCCUCAAC